AUGACGACAACCAAAGUUAUCAAAAAUCUUUCGGUAAACCUUCACCUGACAAUAUCAUCGGGCGAUUCAUCUUCUUUCACAAUUCACUUGAAAGAAGGGAAAUUAUUAUUAGAUACGGUCAGGCAUUUUAUGGAUGAAAACAAUAUACCAUGUUACUUGGAGGUAUCAAUUAUGUCAGUUAUAGAAUCGUUGAUGGAAGAGAGUCGGCGAAUAAAUUUAGAAAAGGAUGCAAAAAUCACUGAUAAAUCUGUAGCACAACAAGUUCAAAAAGGACUUGUUGCUAAAUAUAAAAAACAUACAGUUCGAUUUAAUGACGGUCCCUUAGAAAACAUUUUUCCUAAAGCCUUUCAUACUUUAGUUCACUCCCCUGUCCCCUUUAUGUUUGAUAUCUUGUCACAGUUGGAACAAGAUUACAAAAAUUCAAUCAAAGAAAUGAUGGCAUCACGUGAAAAAGAUAAGGCAGAAAUUGAUGAAAGUCAUCAAAGAGAGGUAGAAAGCAUGGUCGAAUCUGGUUCAGCAGAUUCUGGUUUUAAAAAGUUAGUUGAAAUGCAAGUCGAGGAAUCUGAAUUUAAUCAAGCAACAUGGGAAAGUGAGCUUGUAGAGAUGCAACGAAAUCAAAAACAAGAAUACUGUGAUUUUGUACUCAAGCUUUAUGAAGCACAUCAGCAAUGUUUAGCAGAACAACAAUCAUCCACUGAUACAACAUGUAUAUCUCGGUUGGAUGGAAAAGAGAUAGUGUCAAUGGUUAUAGCUGAUAUGAAAAAGAAUAAAAAAGUAUCUAAAGAGCUUUCAAAAGUUGUACAAGGGAACCAGACACGUAGCCGUCCUGGAAGUAUUAGUUCAAUGUCAGAAGUAAUGUUAUCAACGGGAUUAAUGACUCCGCAACCUCCUGCGUUUGCAAGCCCUGCUGAUGAGAAGAAAUCGCCAUUUUUUACACCGGAGGAUGAACGUUCCCUCUCGCAAAUACAAGAAAUGGGUUUUAGCAGCGAACAAGCUAAAGCUGCUCUUGAAAUGACCAAUAAAAAUAUUGACAAUGCUAUCAUUCUUCUUCUUGAACAAACAGGCAAAGUUGACGCACAUAUACAACGUCGCCCUUCAGUUCCUAUAAUUUCUGCUACAAAAGAAAUAGUGGUUCCGCACAAACGUUCAAAAUCUAACAGUAAACCGUUAGUCUUGUCUGUACUAAAGCAAGAGAAGAAAAGCCCGUGGUCUCCAAUGUCAUUUCUACAACAACAGAAGAGUAACGGGACGACGACGCCAUCUUCAAUGAAAAAAUUUAGUUGGCUAGUGGGAAAAGCCAUGGAAAAUUUUGGUCUCGAAGAUGACGAAACUGUCCAGAGACAUGGUCCGAUAAUGCAAUUUGAUGAACAUCAACUUGUAGAAUCAUUUACAAUUUCACUUGGUAAUCAAGUGAAAUCGACACAUAACCUUCGUCUUUUAGCAUCUGAUAUUGAUGACUUGCUUAAACCUUCCAAUGACGAAGCACGUGAUACCGCAUAUAGGGCACAAACUGCUGCUAGUUUGUAUUCGCAAGAUUUGACAGCAAUUGUUUUGCUAUUGACGCCCAGAGAUUGGCCAAAAUAUAAAUUUGGUAAAAGUGCUAAUAAAGCAUUUUUUAAAAGAUGUAAAGAAUCCACAGAAUUUCAUUUUGAUAAUGUUGAAACUCAAUUUGAGGCUAUUGAAAAAGACUUUCCAGCUUCUGAGGUUAAUGGUACAAUUCCUGUGAAAGAAGGCGACUUUUUUAUCACAAAGCACUCUAAUCUACCAUUAGUUCAUGUGGCAUUCCAUUUGGUUAUAGACUUUGAAUCAAUAACCAAAUCAGAAUUAUCUGGUAACUCAGGCGUAAUUAUCGCGGAAAUAGACUGCUUUUCAGGUCCAUCGAUUCCAGAAAAUGUUUUGUACCGAAGAGGUGAAGCUGUAUUAAACCGUAUAAAAGGGUUUAUGUUUGAGAAUUCUUGUGCACCUAAAAGCAAAGAUGACAAAGAAGAAGAAACAAAAACUGUACAAUUUUUGUUACCUAAAAGUGCUACAGAACAACAAUUUCAUUCGCAUAGGCAGUUAUUGAUAGAUAUUUUUAGAGCGAAUUAA